AAUGACAAGACGGUGGAUGGAGGCCUGAUGCCUGAUGCCAAUGGGAAAGAUCCGAACCCAGGUGGACAGACAGAUGGCUCCAAGUGGCAGAAACCACGGAUCACUCGUAAAUCUCUGAUGAAGUGCUGUCUCGUCAAGUGGAUCAUAGCCAGCACCACCCAACAAGGGCCAGACAGCUGUGACAAUGACCUCGAAUUAUCCAUGGUGCGCCACCAACCUGAGGGCCUCGAUCAGCUCCAAGCCCAGACUCAGUUCACCAGGAAGGAGCUUCAGUCGCUUUACAGAGGUUUCAAAAAUGAAUGUCCCAGUGGAUUAGUGGAUGAGGAAACUUUCAAGGUCAUUUACUCACAGUUCUUCCCUCAAGGAGAUGCAACCAUGUAUGCACAUUUCCUGUUCAAUGCAUUUGACAUGGACAGAAGUGGCUCCAUCCGUUUUGAAGACUUUGUGUUAGGAUUGUCUGUGUUGCUUAGAGGCUCAGUUACAGAGAAACUUCGAUGGGCAUUCAAUCUAUAUGACAUCAACAAGGAUGGCUACAUUACUAAAGAGGAAAUGUUGGCAAUAAUGACGUCCAUUUAUGACAUGAUGGGAAGGUGUACUUCACCGAGUGUACGGGAAGAUUCCCCCUUUGAACAUGUGGAGAAAUUCUUCCAGAAAAUGGAUCGGAACAGAGAUGGAGUGGUGACAAUCGAUGAAUUCAUAGAAACCUGCCAGAAGGAUGAAAGUAUAAUGUCUUCCAUGCAGCUCUUCGAGAAUGUCAUCUAAGUUUCCGUAGAAGGAAGUGGAUCAGUAAUGCCGCUUAGUGCUUCC